GGGGAAUGGUUUCAGGGGUACAGUUUCGAGUCUACGGCGGUUUUGGGUCAGGGAAAGGGGUGGGAGUUUCUGAUGGGAAAAGGGAUGAGAGUUAGGGUGGUUUCGGGUUAAGGAAAUCAAGUUUUGGGCGGUUUCGUUCGUGGGGCUGGGGAGGGGGGUCUAUUGCGCUUAUGUGGCUUUGGAAGGAGGGUGGUUUUGGUGGUGGUGCAGGGGGAGGGGGUGGCUGUCGGGGCUGGGUUGGGGAGUGGUUGUUGGGCUGAAACGCAGUCAAGAGAUAGACAGGAGAAUAGGGUUUUGGGAGGGUUGAAGGUGAAGAAUGUUGUUAGUGGGGAGGUUAAGGAUGUGCAGGUUUCUUAUUUUUCGGUGUUUAUAGAGACAUAAAGAGCAAUGAUAUAAAUCGAAAUGAUGACCGGAUUACGGAAUUCACAUUGUGGAUUUGUGGUACAAUCGUAUAAGUGUUGUGAUAUGUUUUGUUGAUGAUGUUAUCAAGGAGAUGAUUUGUGUGUUAGCUGCUACUACAUUGACAGUGAGCUCAAUGCUUAUGCCAUAUCUUCUGCUCAGGUCAACUGCUUAGCUUGCUUAUCUAUUUUUAUACAACUAUUGUACGAAUACACAAAGGAAGUACGAAAUUAUGUUGAGUACGUUUGAUAAUUCGGUUCCAUGGAAAGUCGAAAAACCUUUAAACUGUUGCCAUGCUUCGGUGAUUGUAAGUUGUAAUUGCUCUGUGUAAAUGGAUCAUUUGGUAAAAAAAAAAAAAAAAAAAAAAAAAAAAAAAAGUUGUUUGGAUGAACUAUUUUAAUGUUAAUUUGUUUUAUGGAAUGAGCGUUACCCUUGGCCCUGAAUCUCCAAGACGAUACAGAAAAAGUGUCAGUGGGAUGUCUUUGUGGCUUGACGGCUUUAAGAGAAGUAAUGUUGUUUCUGCAUCUGGUAUACUUGAGUUUGCUUACAGGGAUUUGCAGAAGGCGACUCAGAAUUUCACAACAUUGGUUGGCCAAGGUGCAUAUGGUCCUGUGUACAAAGCUCAUAUGUCAACUGGUGAAAUAGUUGCUGUGAAGGUGCUGGCAACUGAUUCAAAGCAAGGGGAGCGAGAAUUUGAAACAGAGGUUAAGCUGUUAGGAAGGUUGCAUCACAGGAACCUCUUGAAUUUUCUUGGAUAUUGUACAGAGAAGGGAAAAAACAUGCUUAUAUAUGCGUAUAUGAGCAAUGGCAACCUAGCUUCCCAUUUAUACAAUGAAAAGAUGGAACCAUUGAGCUGGACACGAAGGGUUCAUAUAGCAUUGGAUGUCGCAAGAGGCUUGGAGUAUCUUCAUGACGGGGCAGUUCCUCCUGUGAUACAUCGUGACAUUAAAUCUUCCAACAUUUUGUUGGAUCAGUCAAUGAAAGCUAGGUUAACUCUAGAGUUAGCUUGA